AUGCCCUACACACCGUCUGGUUUUUUCUGCGACCGGCUCAUCCGGGAGCGAGAGCGGCGCGACGGGGAAGGCACCCUGAACAAGCCGCUGCGCUUCAACGGGCAGGACUUCGGCGCCCUGCGGCGGGAGUGGGGCCGGCGCGGGACCCUCUUCGACGACGACUCCUUCCCGCCCAACGUGGAGUCGCUGGGUUUCGGGGAUCUCGGGCACAAGUCCGGCAAGGUCAAGAACAUAGUCUGGAAGAGGCCCAAGGAAAUUAGCGAGAACCCGCAGUUCAUUGUUGGGGGCGCCAGCCGUACCGACAUCUGCCAGGGAGAUCUCGGUGACUGCUGGCUGCUCGCCGCCAUCGCCUGCCUCACGCUCAACGAAAAACUCCUCUACCGGGUGGUCCCUCCGGAGCAGAGUUUCACGCAGGACUACGUCGGGAUCUUCCACUUCCAGUUCUGGCGCUACGGCGACUGGGUCGACGUGGUCAUCGACGACCGCAUCCCGACGUUCAACAACCAGCUGGUGUUCACCAAGUCGGCGGAGAGGAACGAGUUCUGGAGCGCUCUGCUCGAGAAGGCGUAUGCAAAACUCCACGGCUCCUACGAGGCCCUGAAGGGCGGCAACACCACCGAGGCCAUGGAGGACUUCACGGGCGGCGUGAGCGAGUUCUACGAGAUGAAGGAGGCCCCCAAAGACCUCUACAAGAUCAUGAAGAAGGCGCUGGAGAGGGGCUCCCUCAUGGGCUGCUCCAUCGAUUCCCUCGUCCCUGCUCGCUUCGAGACCAGAACCUCCAUGGGCCUGGUGAAGGGUCACGCUUACUCCGUGACGGCGGUCGAGGAGUGUCGGCCUUUGCAGCACAGAGAGACCAAAGUGCGCCUGGUGCGUCUCAGGAACCCUUGGGGCCAGGUGGAGUGGAACGGACCCUGGAGCGACAACUCCAAGGAGUGGGUCGGGCUCUCCAAGGCCGAGAAAGAGAAGCUACAACACCAGAGCGCAGAGGACGGAGAGUUCUGGAUGUCCUUUGAGGACUUCAAGAAGAACUACACCAAGAUCGAGAUCUGCAACCUCACGCCCGACGCCCUGGAGGACGACAAGAUCCACAAGUGGACCGUCUCUGUGAACGAGGGCCGCUGGGUGCGAGGCUGCUCGGCCGGAGGCUGCAGAAACUACCCCGAGACUUUCUGGACAAACCCUCAGUACCGCCUCCGUUUGCUGGAGGAGGACGACGACCCCGAGGACAACGAGGUGGGCUGCACCUUCGUGGUGGCUCUGAUGCAGAAGAACAAGCGGAAAGAGCGCAGGAUGGGCUCCAACCUCUUCACCAUCGGCUUUGCCAUCUACGAGGUACCCAAGGAGAUGCACGGCAACAAGCAGCACAUGGCCAAGGACUUCUUCCUGGUCAGCUCGUCCAAGGCGCGCUGCAAGUCCUACAUCAACCUGCGCGAGGUCACCCAGCGCUUCCGGCUCAACCCCGGCGAGUACGUCAUCGUGCCGUCCACGUACGAGCCGCACCAGGAGGGCGAGUUCAUCCUGCGCGUCUUCUCCGAAAAGAGGAACACGUCAGAGGAGAUAGAGAACAGGAUCGAGGCUGACCAUCCUGUGCCGGCGCCGACCUCAGCAGGGGAGGAAAGCCAAGAGGACAAGCAGUUCCGGACUGUUUUUCAGGAGAUUGCGGGUGAAGUGAGUACAAAACCAAACCAGAGGUGGCUGAAGUACGCACAACAUGAAAUGGAGAUCACGGCCAACGAGCUGAGAAACGUACUCAACAGAUUCAUCGCCAACCAUGAGGACAUCUCAAGCGAGGGCUUCAGCCUGGAGAGCUGCAGGAGCAUGAUAGCUCUGAUGGACAUGGACGGCACGAGUCGCCUCAACCUCCAGGAGUUCUGCCACCUGUGGAAAAAGAUCAAAAAAUGGCAGGAAAUAUUCAAGCACUACAACCCAGACCAGUCGGGGAGCAUCAACAGCUACGAGAUGAGGAACGCCGUCAACGACGCCGGUUUCCGCCUCAACAACCAGCUGUACGACAUCAUCACCAUGCGCUACGCCGACGUGAGCAUGAACGUCGACUUUGACAGCUUCAUCAGCUGCCUGGUCCGCCUCGAGGCCAUGUUCAGGGCGUUUCAGGCCUUCGAUCAGCACGGCGAUGGCACAAUUCGACUUAGCGUAUUGGAGUGGCUCCAGUUGACCAUGUACGCCUAAAAGACGAAGAAGAGGGGCCAUCCGCACGAGGACCAGACCUGCCAAGACUUUACCUCAUGACUUCCUGUGCCGCUUCUCAUCACCUCCCCAUUUUGCCAACACUUCCUCCUCAGUUCAGUUCAUUUGCAUCUAUUCUGUGCUUCUUUUUUGGUUCUCUUUCCAUAUUGAACCCACCCAAAGAAAUCAAGUCUCUCUCUCUCUCAUCUUUUUCAUCCUGAGAGAGAACUUUCCUCCCAGCCCGCUAACAAUUCCUCCUCAGUUCCGGCCAUUUGCAUUUAUUUUUGUUGUUCCUCUUUCUUCCGCCUAAAGAAAUCACUGUUGUCAUUUUCAUUUAGCAAUACCCUUCUUCCCAUUCCAUUCCCCCUCUUUUUCAGUAAGGGGCCUUUGUAUCUGUGCUUUUGUCCUCUUACCGCUGCACCACACCUAAAGAAAUCACUUUUUUUAAAUGCCUUUCUUUACAGUCCACCACUACUUCCGCUCUCUUUGCAUCCAUUUUCCCACUUUUGCCCUAACACUCCCUACCCGCCCAAAGAAAUCACUCGUUCUUACUCGUCUUUUCCACGCAUGCAGAUACUCUUCUUCCCAUUCCGCUGUCAUGUUUUCCUCUGUUCAGGCCAUUUGCAACUAUUCUGUGUUUUUGCCCUAUUUUCUCAACCCGCCCGCCCCACUCUUGUUCUCACUCGUCUUUUUCACGCGUGGAAACUUUCUUCCUCCCAUUUCGCCAUGUUUUCCUCUGUUCAGGCCAUUUGCAUCUACAGUCUUCAGUUUUUGUCUUACUUCCUCAACCCGCCGAAAGAAAUCAUUCUCCAUCAUCAUUUUCAAUUAGCAAUACACUUCUUCCCAUUCCAUUCCCCCUCUUUUUCAGUAAGGGCCACUUUGUAUCUGGGCUUUUGUCCUCCUACCGCUGCAACACACCUCUAGAGAUCACUUUUUUUAAUGCCUUUCUUUCCAGUCCACCCCUACUUCCUCUCUCUUUGCAUCCAUUUUUCCCGCUUUUGUCCCCAACCCGCCCAAAGAAAUCACUCUUGUUGUCGCUCGUCUUUCUCACGCAUGGAGACACUCUUCCUCCCAUUCCCCUGUCAUGUUCUCCCCUGUUCAGGCCAUUUGCAUCUACAGUAUUGUUGGUUUUUGUCCUACUUCCUCAACCCGCCCAAAGAAAUCACACUCGUUUUUUUUCCACUCACGGAGACACCCUCCCCUUCUUCCUGCCAUCACCCCUUAGUUUAGGCCAUUUACAUCUGUU